GAUGAGAUCAAGGCGGCGGAGGAAGGAGAAGACCCGGCCAGUCCACACGACCCCGCCGAUCUUUACUCCCCCCUCCUACCAUGCAUGCCCGAUGGCCACCCCCUCCUUUAUAUCUCCCGCGCACGAUAGAGCUGCUACGAGUUAAUCGGUCAGUAGUCAGUGCUGUACUGCACGUCGCCAAUGGCCGCCGAGGUGCUGGUCGGAUCCGAGCGCCGCGUGCUCAUCAGCGCCCUCCCCGCGCCGCCGCCGCCCGACAGCCUGCUCGGCCGCCUCGACCAGAUCGACCUACGGCUGAGGCAGCUGGAGGAGGAGCGGCGGCCGUCCACGGUCGCCGAGGGCGACGGCGCGCGCCCGGCGCCGCGGCACCAGCACAGCAAGUCCAUGCCGUCGGCGCUCCAGCCGCAGGCCGACGCGCGCGACGUGAGGGGCACGCUCAUGGACCGCCUCAACCUGCUCGAGUCGCGCAUCAGGCAGCUCAGCUGCGAGCUCGACCUCGACGGCUCCGGGAGCGGCAAGGCUGCCGCGUCGUCCCUCCCGAUGCCGAUGCCGAUGCCGAUGCCGCGCCCGGCCGAGGACUGCGCGUGGUCCGAGCCGCCGCUGCCCGACCCCGCCAUGCGCGCGCGCGCCGCGGCCGCGGCGGGAGGCGGCGCCGGGGCCAGCUGGAGCGCCGCGCAGAUCCUGCAGAGGGGCGCCCGCCAGCUCAACCGCAACAAGACCAGCCACCCAGCCAAGGUGAAGAAGCUGAAGGAGGCCAAGUGCGCCUGCGAGGAGGAGAAGAGGAAGGCGGAGCGCGCCAGCCGGCCGUCGGCUGGCCGGAGAUGGUUCACCGUCGGAUGCUAGUUUGCUAAUCAAUGGACAGAUGGUCUCACCAUUUGGUCCCUACUUGAUGAAUUAGAAUGUGCCAUUUGUUUUUUUGUCCUCUGUUUUUUUAGUUGCUCUGUUUUGUUUUAAGUUAUAUAUAUAUAUAUAUAUAUAUAUAUAUAUAUAUAUAUAAGUAUAUAUGUAUCGAUUGAUUUGUAUUUUUGUAAGCGUGUGUAGUGCCCAUAUACAUGUUUGCCUUUCUGAGAGUGCUAAUUAUU